AUGUCACAAGCCAACCUCAACCCACCUGAAAUGCAACGCUACGUGGUCGAGCAUAUUGUCAAGAAUGAUGAUAGUACUAUGCAUUCCACACAGCGUCUCAGAUCCUUCUCUGGGAGAUUACCAAGACCUCAGAACGAGUCGGAUUAUGACAUAUGGCGUUCUGGAGUUGAGUUGCUCUUACAGGAUCCUGCAGUGUCUGAUCUACAGCGCUCACGUAAGAUCUUUGACAGCUUGUUACCACCUGCUGCGGAUGUGGUUAAGCACCUGAGGUCCGGCACUCCACCAACGGUGUAUCUACAGACACUUGACUCAGCAUAUGGCACGGUGCAGGAUGGUGAUGAGCUAUACGCCAAGUUUAUGGACACAUUCCAGGAUGCUGGGGAGAAGCCGUCCCACUACUUGCAACGUCUGCAGGUGGCGCUGAAUCAGGCUGUAAAACGAGGUGGUGUUUUGAACAGAGAUUUUGGUCGACACCUACUGACUCAGUUUUGCCGUGGCUGUUGGGACAAUUCUCUUAUCACAGAACUCCAAUUAAAACAACGGAAACAUAAUCCCCCAUCGUUUGCUGAAUUUCUGCUCCUUCUGCGAACUGAGGAAGAUCGUGAAGCUGCAAAAACUAUCCGCAUGAAGCAACAUCUUGGCUCAUCCCGCCCCAGAGCCGCGGCCCAUGCACAGUAUGCAUACACAGACAGUACAGAGAAAGGAGAAAUUGCUGCACUCACCAACAUCACGCAGCAGCUUGCUCAACAACUGGCUGAUGUACAGAAGCAGCUUGCGAUUCUCACUGCAUCCCAGUCAAGCCCUAGUCAAUCCGCUUUAAAGUCCACAUCUGGCUGUAAGUUGGGUGAGGGGCAGAGGGCGGGCAAGCCAUCAAAGAACCUGCCUUCUGUUCCCAAGCCCGGCUACUGCUAUCGGUGUGGUGAAGAUGGGCACAUCAAGCCGCAAUGUGACAAUCCCCCGAACUCUGCACUUGUUGCCACAAAGAGGAAGCAGUUCACUGAAAAGCAGAAAAGAUGGCAGCAGUCAGACAGUCCUUCAAGACAUCAUUUAAACUAG